AGCCGCGUCGGAGCGAGGGGCUUCGAGGGCCCGUGGGGCCCGCCAGCCGGAGGGCACCAUGGCCUCCGCGCCGGAGCGCCCCUCGCAGUGGGCCCGCCGCGGCGCGCUCUUUCUCGGGCUCCUUGCUUGGCGCCUGACGGGCCAGGAGUCGGACGACCCCAUUCCGGACAAGGUGGGUGUGCAGGUGCACCUCAGCAAGACAGAGCGCGGGGCGCUGAAGAAGCUCGAGUGCCAGAUGUGCAAGGCCAUCCUCAGCGAGAUGUACGAGGAGGUGGCUAAGCACGACAUGGCCGCCAAGGGCGAGUCGCACAUCUGGGAGACGUCCAACGCCAUCUGCCUGGCGAUGCUCCAGAAGUGGAAGCUCGACCUCAAGCGGCAGGCGCUCGAGCGGAAGCCCGAGGGGGAGGAGGACAGCGACGCCAUGGCAAACAGCGGCGACCCGGAGGCGUUCAUGCGCUCCAUGCUGGUGUUGAAGAUGGGGUGCUCCGAGUGGGUCGAGGACUACGGCGGCGAGACCUCCGGGUUCAUCUACAAGGCGGUUCGAGACAGGAAGGAGUCCGCCAGCGCCGCCGCCGUGGCGCAGGAGUUCUGCGCCAGCAGCGUCGGCCAGUGCGGCAAGGAGAGCAAGGCGAAGCGCCAGAAGGCCAAGGAGAAAGACCGCGCCAGGCUGAAGGAGAGGGCAGACAAGCUGAGGGUGCAGGAGGAGAAGCUGAUCAAGGAGAAGGCGAAGGACCCCUUCGCGGGCCUGCCGCAGGAAUCGCAGCUCGGCCUGCAGCAGCUGCUGCAGCAGGCGAGGGACGAUCCCAUGGCGAUGAUGGACGAGGAGGCGAAGAGGAAGGUGAAUAAGGCUCGCGUCGACCUCCGGUGCGACGUCUGCAGGGCCGUCUUGGGCGAGGUGCACCAGGAGGUGCAGAAGAGGCCGAAGACCAUGCGCAGCGAGACGGACAUGCUGCCGCUCUUCGAGGGCGCCUGCGAGGGCGGCAAGGACCUGUCGGUGCCCGCCUACUUCGGCAUAGAGCCGCCCCCGCUGGCGCCCGUGUGGACCGACCGGGUGCGCCCCUACCUGACGAAGAAGACGAAGCGCUGGACUUUGCGGCCGUUCCCCUCCGAGGUGGCGGCUCAGGAGCGGCGGGCGUGGCGGAAGAAGGCGGCCACUGGCCAGGCCAAGCCGCCCGGGGACGUCCAGAGCGAGGAGGACAUGAUGAUGACCCUGGCGUGCAAGGACACCCUGGACGCGGCGCGCAUGACGGAGUCGCUGUUCGCGCAGAUGCAGGCCUGCGGCAGCCAGGACGAGCCAGCGUGCGAUGCCGCGCUCGCCAGCGCGCGGCUGAUCUGCCGGAGCGCGGCGGACGAGCCCUGCACUUACGGGGUGGGCGACGCUACGGGGGCAGGCGGCGCAUCCCAGGAGAGGCGGAGGAAGAGGUAGGGGAAGGAAGCCAGAUAGCGCUCGGCAUUCUGCCAUGCCUCAGCGUGCCAUGGGAGCACGGCGGUGGCCGACAGGACCCGCAAGGCCGCCGCGCCAGGCGCGCCCGGCCGCGCGGCGGUGCGGUCGCCAUCCUGUCCGCCGCCUCGGGCAUCUGGGCCUUCCCUGCCGCGCUCCUCGCGCCUCCCCGCUCCCGGUCCUCUCCUUGGUCUUCCUCGCUCCCAUUCCCCCCUCCUCCUGUAAUGACGGCUGUCAGGGACGUGUGGCAGAGAGGGUCAGGACUUCUGGGGGGGGCCGCGCCUGGGAAAAG